ACACACAUCCAGAUCAAUGAGAGAGAGACACAGAGAUAAAGAGAGAGAGGAGAGGAGGACGGGGGGGUGUUGCUCUCUCUUCCAGGAAGGGAUUAUUAACCAGCGCGGUGCCGACAUGUGAACGAAAACCCACGAAAGACAAAAGAAGUUUUCACACCGACAACAGCCGCGCCAUGGACCGGGCCAGCAGAUAAGGAAGACGGGGGGGGGGGGGGAAAAACACAAGCAGAAGAAGCGGGGCUACAGGAGAAAAACAACUUCUUCCAUAGUGACGAGACGAGCGCUCGGUCUGCCACUCCUGCCGCUGCAGCUGUUCGGGCUUCUGUGAAGGAAAGUGACCGACACACGCAGAGAGAGAGAGAGACAGAGAGAGAGAGAGAGAGAGAGAGAGAGAGAGGAGAGGAAGCACGACGGAAAAGUGGAAGGAGAGGGAGAGAAGUUGUCGGGAAGAUAAUGUCUGAAUCCUCCUCCUCUGCUGCUGCGAACAAGCAGGAGAGGAGCUCUUUCAGUCCUUCCGCGAACCUGCUGCCAAACUCCACUUCCUCCCCCGUCCAUGCUCCCGCCGCGAGGCCAGCCAGCCGAAUGGAGGACGAGCCUGCCAGGCUGCCUGCGCACCUGCGCCUGCAGCCAGUGUUUUGGAGCCGGGAAGACGUGGCUCAGUGGCUGCGGUGGGCCGAGAAGGAGUUUGCGCUGCGGCCCAUCACCAGCGGCACCUUCCAGAUGAACGGCAAGGCCCUGCUUCUCCUCACCAAGGAGGACUUCCGCUACAGAUCCCCUCACUCCGGGGAUGUCCUGUAUGAGCUGCUGCAGCACAUACUGAAGCAACGGAAGUCCAGUGUGUUUUGCCCGUCUGCUUACUUUCCUGGGAACUCUUUCCAUUCGCUGCCUGAAAGCGCUGUGCAUCAUCUGAAGCUCGAAGAGACGGUACGGCGGGCGCCGCGAGGUACAGAACCCCUCCCACAGAACCCGCCCACCAUCGAGCUGAGGCACCGCCGCUCCCGCUCCCGGUCCCCCCUCAACCCGGCCCCGAGGCGGUCGCCCCCGGAGCCCAACCGGCCCCGCUCGGCCAGCGAGGACCCGCUGCAGAGCUUCUCCCAGCUGCCUGACAGCAACCACCACCUGGCCGAGGAGAUGUAUCCGCUGUCCGUGUCCCCGCCGGCCCCCAACGGACCCUGCGCCGCACCCAGGGAGGCCCGGAGCCCGGGGCUCCAGGAGGCGGGGCCACCCCGCGUCAUCCAGCUCAUGCCCAGCACCAUCCUGAACCCUCUGCUGCUCAGCCCCAGCAGAGGCGGGGGGGCCGGCCUGGACUUCAGGCACAGCCGCGCCGGGGCCCCCUCCCAGGUGUUGAUGGAGAACGGGCGUGAGAGCAAGGUGCAUGUGCACCACCACCAGCACCACCAGCAGCAGCAGCAGUUGGCCCAGCAGCAGCUGUUGCAGCAACAGGAGGAGGCGCUCUACAGGAACCACGUCAUCAUGCCCGUGUCUCCUCCAGAGGAGCAGCAGAUGCCCAUCGGCCGGAUAGCAGAUUGCAGGCUGCUGUGGGACUACGUGUACCAGCUCCUGUCAGACAGCAGGUACGAGAACUACAUCCGCUGGGAGGACCCCGACAGUAAAGUCUUCCGCAUCAUGGACCCCAAUGGUCUGGCCAGGCUCUGGGGGAACCACAAGAACAGAACCAACAUGACGUACGAGAAGAUGUCGCGAGCACUGAGACACUACUACAAACUGAACAUCAUCAGGAAAGAGCCUGGACAGAGACUCCUGUUCAGGUUCAUGAAGACCCCCGAUGAGAUCAUGAACGGCCAGACGGAGCGGCUGGAGCACCUGGACUCAGACACAGACGAACAAAUCUACAUCAAAGAGGAAUGCUGAACGGCUCUGGGAUGGAGGGUUAGGGAGGGUGGAGGUUAGGGGUUAAUGGGGGAGGGGGAAAUUCCAUGGACUACUUUACUACAGCCUCAGCCACCAAUGCCUUUCAGAAGCAGCUUAAUAAACGCCAGGAGUUUGGCUCCCAUCGGGAGAGGAAGUGAGAUGUGAAACGCCUCAGGAUGAGCUUGUGACUUCCUGUUGGAAGGAGCGUUGUGAUUGGUCGGAGGGACGCUGCUGAGGGGAAUCUUUAUGUUUCUGUGCUGCAAAAAGCCAAUCACUUGUUCUUCUAUGAUUCUUUGUUUUGGCUUGUCUCUCCACAUGCAUUAGAUCUUGGAAAUGUGCCACUUGUAAAAAGAAGUGUGUGUGUGUGUGUGUGUGUGUGUCUGUGUGUGAGACAGGACUGUUUUCAUUAUGGAAUAAACAUUUUUGAUCAAACUGAA